AUCUGUUUUAAAAUGAUUUCCUGAUUGUUCUAUUCUGAAAUCUAGAGAUUAUCUGUGAAUAUAUUACUGAAAUAGUAAAAAUAGUAAUAUAAAUAAGAACGAAGAUUGUGGCAUAGAAUAAAAAAUUGUCAACAUAUUGCUGCCGUUUUAUUAAAGAAAGAUAUAUGGAAAACAAUCAAAGAGGCUUACCAAUCUUACCACUUCUUUGCCGAGGAUUAAACCGAGAUGUAAAAAGAAAAUGAAGAAAAAUCAACAACAACGUACAACAUAAAACAGACCCUGGAUAUAUUAAAUAGUCAAAUGAAUUUAACGAACUAACAAAGUAACAAAAUGAAUACAAGACGGAUGUCAAGACAAAGAACUACAUUCUACAAAUUGUUACUUGUGUUUUUAUUUGUGAGCAUUUUGUUGCUGAAAAGUCAUUAUGAAACACCAACACAUUUUGAUGAGAGCAAUUUAAGUCAAAAAGAGAAACUGAUUACCAUUGACUCUUAUAAGGAAAGAGAUGAUAGGAAAAGUAUUACAACUGUAGCAAAGUCAUUUCUUAACACUACUACAUAUGUUGAUUCACAAACGACAUCAACAGUACAGAGAAUCCUUGCUAUCAAAAAAGACCCCACUAAUCAAGAGGAAUAUCUAUCAUUGAAAGAAAUUGGAGAUAGUGUAACAGAAUUACCAGGCAACAAAAGAGAACAAAACCACUUUGGUGAAAAUAUGGUUGGAGAGAAAACAGAACAAAAUGAAAGUCGUGAAAUAACAAAAUAUUCAACAACAACUGAAACAUUACUUAGAAAUGCUACAGCAUCGACGAAUUAUGAUGAUUUCGAGAAAGGAUUUGAAAAUGCGCAAAAUGAUGGUAAUUAUAAGAAUAAUGAUACAAAUAUUAAAAGUGCUUAUGAGGAUGUUGUAAAUAGAGAUGAUGACGCUAUUGGUGAAAAUAUUCAUCAACAUGAUGAUGUUGGUAAUAGUGCAAAAGGUGAUGAUUCUAAUAUUAAAGCUAUCAUUGAAAAUCCAAAGACUGAAGACAAUAAAGACAAAACAGUCAGUGAAAAUCAAAACCUCGACGGUGAUGAUGAUGAAAUAGGUAAUACAAGAAAGAAUAAGGAAAUCAUGGAAACUAAACAUGACUAUACAAAGAGAGAAACUAUAAACAGAUUUAAUCUUGAAACUGAAUACUAUACAAAUAAUGACAAUUCUAGUGUAACAAAUGAAAAUGCAGGGAAAGACAUUACAGAAACGCAAAAUGGGUUCAAAAACAGCGGCAAUAAUGGUUUACAAAUUGAUUUUGAAAAUGCACCAACUGUGGAUAGAGGUGCAAAGCAUGAAAAUCACAGCACAAAGAAUAAGAAAGACAGUACAGAUAAGGCAACGGGGGAUAUAAGUAAUUCGAUAAAUAGAAAAGAAAAGAUGAAGAAUGUAAAACAUACAGAGGGAAAAUCAGUAGAAGAGAAAGGCAAUAGAAAUAGUAGAAGAACUAACAAUAAAGCUGACACAAAGAGGAAAGGAAAAAAAGAUGAACAACUGGGGGAAGAUAAAUCUCAGAAACAUUUGAAAGAUGUAAAAAAGCAAGACAGCAGUGACAAAGCAGUUAAAAAUGUGCCAAAUGUCAAAAAACACAAUAGUAAUAGAGAUAAGCAUCGAAAUUCGAAAGAAAGUAUAACGUAUGGUAAAGAUAAAGGGAGCAAAUAUAUAAAAUCAAAAUACAUUAUGCACAAGUUGUUAAAAGAUGAUGGACCAAACCUGUCUGCUAAAGAACGAGCAAAACUAGUUUAUGAACGGUGUAAGACAUUUAUGAACGAAAAUAAUGUGAAACUUGAUGGUAAGACUAAACUAAGAUAUGACAAUAAAUCAUUCAUGUUAAGCCAACGGUACGAUUUAAUGAUUUGCUUUAAUUCUAAAGUUGCUUCGAAUAAUCUCAAACGCGUGAGUUACGCCUUAGACAAACAAUUUAAAGAUGACAUUAAUGAUGUGAAGCGUCAUGAGGCACGUGGUUAUUGCCAAUCACGCAUGCGUGACAUUAAGCAAGUGACGUCGGGAAAAACACGUACCAAUUUUAUGAUGGUGAGAGAACCCCUUGAACGGUUGGUAUCCGCGUACAGAGAUGAAAGAGCAUUUCCAGAAGGUAAUAUAGAUUCGACAGUUACCUUUAAAGAAUUCUUACAACAGCAAUUACAUGGACAUGCUAAACAAAAGAACAGGCAUAUAUACCCAUAUUUCGAAAGGUGCCGACCAUGUGAGGUGAAAUAUGAUUAUAUUGGUCUUCAGCAUAAUUUCGAUACUGAUGUAAAAACUGUCCUACAGAAGAUUAAAGCUGGUGGAAAAGUUGGUAUCCCAGCAAGGGAGAAAACUGGAUAUCAUUCUGCUACAAGUGACAAGUUGGUAAAGGAAUAUUUUAGUAAAAUUCCAAAUAACAUGAUACAUCAAUUGUGGGAGAAAUAUUAUAAAGAUUAUUACAUAUUUGGGUUUCCCUAUCCAAAACACUUAAUGAAAUGAUUAAAAACAGAGACUGACCGACUUGAAGGUUUGGAAUAUUUGAAACGAAUUGUUGAAGACGCUGUACAGAAACAUUUUAAGCAAUAGGUGAAAUGAAGAUGAUGAAGGUGUAUCCUUAGUAAUUUUAUAAU